UUAGCUUAAAUUUGAAUAUGAUCUAAUGAAGCGUAUUUGGCGACGGCUGAAAAUAUUAUUGCGAAGAAAUGACUGGAAAAAGUACGUUGGGUACUCCAACAAAUUGAUGCCGGAACUGUUUAAUGACAAGAUAAAGAAUCAUGAGAAAGUGGGUUUACUUGGAAGAGGUACCUUUGGAAAGGUUUACAAAGCAAAACGAAAAGGAACGAGUGAUGAUCGCUUCUAUGCUAUGAAAGUAAUCAAUCCUCGUACGGCUCAUCAAAAACAGUUGGCGCUUAGAGAGAUCCUUGUUAUGAUGGAAUUGAGGCAUAGGUCGAUCGUUCUGUUGAACUACGGAUUUAAAGACAAGAGAAAAAUAGUGCUGUUACUUGAAUAUUGUGAUAUGGGUAGCCUGAAAAUGUUGCUGGAAGAUAGAGGAAAACUCGAGAAUUACUUAGCAGCAAGCAUAUUCACUGAUACUUGUAAUGGACUAAUAUAUUUGCAUAACAAGAAAAUUGUACAUUGUGACAUUAAACCAGAUAACAUACUGCUUACAAAAGAUGGACUUGCUAAGAUAACCGACUUUGGAGUAGCGCUAGGACCGGGAGAAAAACACGAGAAGUUUUAUGGAUCCGACGCUUACGCUGCUCCGGAAACGUUCUUGUCAAACUCUUACGCCCCACAGUGCGACGUUUGGUCAGUUGGUAUAGUUUUCUAUGAAAUGAUUUUUGGUUACCGUCCUUUCAAUAACAUGAAAGAAGUAUUAGCGAGAGAAAUUGAGAUUCCUAAACAAACUCCAUUCGCAGUUCACUUCCUAAUUCGUAUGAUGUUACAAACUGAACCCAAUAAAAGGCUUGCACUGGAAGAAGCAAUAGGAGGCUGGAUACUUGUUCAACUCAAUGAAGGGAAGAAAUGCAACACUAUAUCAUGCAUCGACUCCUCUCAGAUUGUCGCUGAAAGGAAAGCAUUGAGAUGUGAUGGUUGA